CGCUCGCUGGGCCGCCCGCGGGCCGGACUUCGCCAUCGCGGGCGCCGCGGGGUGCGCUCCGAGCCGUGCCCGGAGGUCUGCUCUGGCCUUGUGAUCUGUCAAGCUUUAGGCUCAUACGGAGGAUGUGAGCGGAGCCCUGGGGAAGCAUGGAGACCGUGGUGAUUGUUGCCAUAGGCGUGCUGGCCACCAUCUUCCUGGCCUCCUUUGCAGCUUUGGUGGUGGUGUGCAAGCAGCGCUACUGCCGGCCACGAGACCUGCUGCAGCACUAUGAUUCCAAGCCCAUCGUGGACCUGAUCGGGGCCAUGGAGACCCAGUCUGAGCCAUCUGAGUUGGAGCUGGACGAUGUCGUCAUCACCAACCCCCACAUUGAGGCCAUUCUGGAGAAUGAAGACUGGAUCGAAGAUGCCUCAGGGCUCAUGUCCCACUGCAUUGCCAUCUUGAAGAUCUGUCACACUCUGACGGAGAAACUUGUUGCCAUGACGAUGGGCUCAGGGGCCAAGAUGAAGACCUCAGCCAGUGUCAGCGACAUCAUCGUGGUGGCCAAGCGGAUCAGCCCCAGGGUGGACGAUGUGGUGAAGUCCAUGUAUCCGCCGCUGGAUCCCAAGCUCCUGGACGCACGGACCACUGCCCUGCUGCUCUCUGUCAGUCACCUGGUGCUGGUGACCAGGAACGCCUGCCACCUGACUGGAGGCCUGGACUGGAUUGACCAGUCGCUGUCUGCCGCCGAGGAGCACUUGGAGGUCCUUCGAGAAGCGGCGCUGGCGUCCGAGCCGGAGAAGGUUAUGCCGGGCCCCGAGGGCUUCCUGCAGGAGCAGUCGGCCAUCUAGUGGCCCUGGGCAGCACCUUCUCCUGUAGGCUCAGCUUUGCUCUGCGGCUCAGGGGUCCAGCCGUGCAUGCACAGUGAGGAAGGGGCCAGAGCUGGUCACUGGGCACCUCUGUGGCCGGGGAGUGGCAGUCCAGCCCCACAGCAAGGGGCAGCCAUUCUCCAUCUUGACAACGGGGCUGAGCCCUUGGCACGGUCUGGUCCUCCUAUGGGGUUUUCAGGAAAGCAGUCCCUCUUGAGGAAGCCUGGCUACUCUUAGACACUCCCAAGAUGGGGCCCUUGCGGUAUGCAUUUUUAGAAGAGAGAAGUUCACUGAAGUUAGAAGUUGCUUCUUUUGGAAAGACAAGGACUCUCAGCUGCCCACCUUGUUCCCUUGUGCCACCUCCCUGAUCCCUGAGGCCCUGGACCCUCCUCCCACUACAGGUGUAGGUUUCAAGCUGAGCGCUACAACCUGACUGCUUCCAUUGUAUCAUGCAUGGCUGCAAUUUUGCUUCACUGCCACUAGCUGGAUAGUAAAUUUGUACUUGUUUCCCUCUG